GAAAAUCGAAUGAACGUCAUUGGUUGGCUAUUUCGACUUCAAUUCAUAUUUACCAAUCUCUUUGAUUCAACAACCUUCAAGACCACUAACCCAUCCAAAUGGCGGCCAGAGCACCCUUAAGUUUGCUUCAUGCUGGUAAUAGCAGUAGACUUUUUCUUGCCCGAUCACAACCCUCUCUCCUCCAAAUCGCUGCCUCGCGUCAUCAACAACAAAGGUCUUCUAGUUCGAAAGUUUCACAGAUUUCGGAUCAAGAUGCUAUGAACUUACUCAACCAACAAAGAAAAUUGAGGCCUACCUCACCACAUUUUACUAUUUAUGAGCCUCAGCUUACUUGGUUAUCGAGUAUUGCUAACCGAGUCAGCGGCUCAGCAUUAUCAGUAGGAUUGUACGUUUUCGCGUUAAGCUACAUGGGCUUACCCGCUGCCGGAAUCCCUAUGGAUUCAGAGACUCUAGUCCAAUUAGCAGCAUCUGCUCCCGAAUGGUCCAAAGUUAGUGCCAAGGCUUUAGUGGCUUUGCCUUUCACUUUUCACACAUUUAACAGCUGUCGACAUUUAGCAUGGGAUAUGGGAUAUUUCAUGGAGCUCAAGUCCAGUUACGCGGCUGGUUAUGCUGUCAUGGGAGCAACAGCGGUUUCAACUGUGGGCCUGGCGUUGAUAUAGGUUAUCCCAUAGGACCACCCCAUUCGAUGUAUGAUAUGUGACCAUUAUUAUUGAAGAUAAGACUUUCUCUGGGUGGUUGGUUUGAAGUCUUUUUCAUCUUUUCAGCAUACAACACGAUAAAAAUCACAUCAAUGUGUUUAUCUGAUAGAGGGUUGUCAGGUUGGGUGGAUGGGGAGUCCCAUGUAGUUUUUCUCAACCACUUUCGCAUCUGCUACUAUUCAACAGUGCCCAUAGUGGCUGAGCCCUAUUACUGAAUAUAGCAAUGGGGCUUUCAUCUCCCCUUGCCGUGUCAGCCCCUACUGCUGUUGUGUUCAUAUUGGUAUAAACCCCCAAACCUAUCAACUUGCCUGAACCU